UCCCCCCCCCCCCGGCUCUCUCUUUCUCUUGUUCCCAUAGUUGUUCUCGCUAACUAGGGUUUGAUUUGGCCUUUUGAAGAAAGCACUAGUUGCAGAGAGAGGAAAGAGGAGGAGACCAGAAGGAUUAGGAACAUGAGGAAGCCUUGCUGUGAUAAGCAAGACAUGAACAAAGGAGCUUGGUCUAAACAAGAAGACCAGAAGCUUAUUGAUUACAUCAAGAAACAUGGCGAGGGUUGCUGGCGCACUCUUCCUCAAGCUGCAGGCUUACUUCGCUGCGGCAAAAGUUGCAGGCUGAGGUGGAUAAAUUAUCUAAGGCCAGACCUUAAAAGAGGCAACUUUGCUGAAGAUGAGGAAGAUCUCAUCAUCAAGCUUCAUGCCCUGCUUGGCAACCGUUGGUCUCUGAUAGCUGGAAGAUUACCCGGAAGGACAGACAAUGAAGUGAAAAAUUACUGGAACUCUCACCUGAGAAGGAAGCUCAUCAACAUGGGAAUCGACCCAAAUAAUCACAGACUGAGUCACAAAUUUCCUUCUCUUCAAAAUCAAACAACGUCUGGUAGCUCAGAAUCAUCAGGCUUGAAAUUACCCAAAGAUGCCAAGAAGAAGAAGAAGAACAACAUUAAGCCAACAAAUAAGCCUAAAACUGGUGGUAGUGGUGGCGACAUUAAUAAUUAUGAACAAGUUUCAGAUGCUGCAAGUGGCUUGGAAGAUGAGUCCUCUAGCUUGCCUGAUCUAAACCUUGAUCUCACAAUCAACAUUCCUUCAACCAUACCCGCUAGUUCUGCUUAUGAAGACGACCAAAAGCCGAUUCAUCAUCAUGAAUCGAAGUCACCAAGGCCUACGCAAUUAGCAUCCUGCUCUCCAACCCUACUUCUGUUUCAGUGAUCAAUAAAUUUAUCAUCACCAAGUACAGAAACUUCGCUAAUCCGAUGGAAUUCGGGUAGAUCCGGUAUAGGUUUUACGUGUUUGCUAUCGGGUUUCUCUAAUCAAAGUAUAACAAGUGGGGUAGGCUUUUAUAACAUUGCAGGAGAAACUGAUGAUAAUGAAUUCUUCUUGUCCUGUAAGAAGUUGGAAGUUCUUCAUAUGGACUGGUAAUAAGAGGCAGAAUUGCUGCUUAUGGAGUGCUGGAUAUGCUUGGAAAUUUUAGUUCUGAGUAAAACCUGAGAUUGUUUCCACCGAAUCUUAAACAUACUUGUACUUAUAAUUAUUUACUGUUAUUCAUGUAAAAGUGAUUACCAUAAUGAAUAACUCAAUUUUUUGUUUCCUA